GCACCCUUUGAUGGAUCCCGCCUGGUCUUCCCCCCAGUGCCAGCCUCUCUGGUGAUUGCCUUCUUCUAUGUAUUACUGCGGCUCAUUCUGCCCGAGGCCGUGGCAGGCAUCGUCUUUGCCGGGGGCCUCCUGGGCUAUGUCCUCUAUGACAUGACCCAUUACUACCUGCACUUCGGCUCACCACACAAGGGCUCCUACCUGUACAAGAUGAAGGCCCACCAUGUGAAGCAUCACUUCGAAUACCAGAGAUCAGGGUUUGGCAUCAGCACUAAAUUGUGGGAUUACUUUUUCCACACCCUCAUCCCAGAGGAAUCCCACCAGAAGACGCAGUGACAGCCCCUACCCCUCUGUGCUGCCCUCACUCUAUCCCCGGCCCCUGCACCCUGUCCUACCCCGCCUCCAUCCAGACCCUGCUAAGGUCAGUGUGGCCAGGCAGGACGGGCUCUGUUUAGCCCUGGGGCUUGGUGGAGACCUGAAGGCAGGACUGCCCUUCUGGCUUACUGCAUGAGGAGAGCAUCCUCUUGAUAGCCAAGUGGCCCUUGAGGAUUGACUCAUUCCCAGAGAAGUAUGACCGCCCCAUUGGCAUUCCUGCCCAGGCUUCAGCCCUCAGCGCUGCUUCAGGGCCCAGAAAAUGGCCCCAAGGGGCAUGAAGGAAACCGACCCCACCUGUGCCUUAGAACCCUGGGCUUCCUGGGGGCUUCUCCGUGCAGCAGAGGGACCAAUGUCGCAGCAGAAGCAUGGCCUGCAGGCCUGUGGCCACAUCUUAACUCUCCUUCCCUCUCUUGAGAGAGUUUGAUGGUUCAGAAGUGAAUGAAGGGCUAUCCCAAGAAGAGCCAGCAUGAUGCCUCCCACAGGCCAUUCCCAGACCCCGGGAGAGCCAAUCUGGUCCCUGCCAACCGCACCACCUGUUGUGUCAGUGGCAAUAAUCCAGCAUUUAUGUACCUGGGCAGAAAGCAUGAGGGCGGCUGGCACCCUCUACAAGGCUGACUGGAGCUCUAGCCCUUGUCUUUGGGAAUCAACAGCUGCUUUCUCCAUCUCCCCUCUCCCCCAAGACCACAGAACUGCUCCCCAGCAGUGGCUGGAGCAGUCUCUGCAUUGGUGAGAGCCCCUCCCUCGCCCUGGCCAUUCCUAGCCUCCGCCUGCUCAGGUAGAUGCCCACCCCCACUCAGGACCCUCCCAACAGUGCCUCCUGAAGCCAAGAUGGAGCUCUCAUCUGGUGCCUUCUCACCUUCCUCACCUCCCAGAUCGUUUCUUCCUUGUAACCAGAGCCCUCACUGCUCCUGGAGUCUUAUUUAUAAACUACAUAAAUAUUCUUAAUCUGGCCCCAAAUGAAGUGGCUGUUCAGAUGUCCCUUUCUAAUCCUAUGUAUUGAGCUUACUUUUUUAAAAAAUCAUCUUGCCUUCCUUUUUGUUCUUUUCUUACCCACAAGCCAUUACUACUUGAAACUCGUCAAAAACCCAAUGGGUGCAAAGACUAAAGAGAAAACAGUGUGGCCAGCCCCGUGAUUUGUACUGUUUACGGUGAAGCUAUCUAGAGAUUUUGGGAUAAAUAUACAGAACCGCAGUUGUGAAAUAAAGAUGUAAAUAAAUUGUAUAUUUUGAAAAAAAUAAAACAUUGAGAAGAAACCAA